AUGGCCGAAGCUGCUGCAUCCACUUGUACCAAUAAUCCUAAUGCCGAAAUUGUACGAGGCCAGGUGUUUGAAGUGGGCCCUAGGUACAAGAACCUCCAGUACAUUGGGGAAGGAGCUUAUGGCAUGGUUGUGUCCGCCUACGACAGUAUAAAGUUAUCGAAAGUGGCCAUCAAGAAAAUAUCACCAUUUGAACACCAAACAUAUUGUCAGAGGACACUAAGAGAAAUCAAAAUUCUCACCCGAUUUAAACAUGAGAAUAUUAUCGACAUAAGAGAUAUUUUAAGAGCAGACACUAUUGACCAAAUGAAAGAUGUGUACAUUGUACAAUGUUUAAUGGAGACGGACCUUUAUAAAUUAUUAAAAACACAGAAAUUAAGUAACGACCACAUCUGCUACUUCCUGUACCAAAUCCUGCGAGGGCUCAAGUAUAUUCACUCGGCGAAUGUUCUUCAUCGGGAUUUAAAGCCAAGCAACUUACUGCUUAACACUACAUGUGAUUUAAAGAUUUGUGACUUCGGUCUGGCGCGAGUGGCGGACCCAGACCAUGACCACACGGGCUUCCUCACGGAGUACGUCGCGACACGCUGGUACCGUGCGCCUGAGAUCAUGCUUAACUCAAAGGGCUACACAAAAUCAAUAGAUAUCUGGUCAGUGGGAUGUAUUUUGGCUGAAAUGCUGUCAAACCGGCCAAUCUUCCCUGGAAAGCACUACCUCGAUCAACUCAAUCAUAUCUUGGGUGUGUUGGGAUCACCGAGCCAGGAGGACUUGGAUUGCAUCAUCAACGAAAAGGCUCGAAGCUACCUAGAGUCGUUGCCGUACAAGCCGCGUGUUCCGUGGACGGAGCUCUUCCCCGGAGCGGACACUCGGGCGUUGGACCUCUUGCACCGCAUGUUGACCUUCAACCCCCACAAACGUAUCACCGUCGAGGAGGCUCUCGCACACCCCUACCUGGAGCAAUACUACGACCCUAAUGAUGAGCCCGUCGCCGAGGAACCGUUCCGAUUCACAAUGGAACUAGAUAAUUUGCCGAAGGAGACACUCAAGAAGUUUAUUUUCGAAGAAACUCUAUUAUUCAAGCAGCUGAACGAAAACGCG